AAAAAUCAAUACUAUUUUGAUAUUUUCUUAUUAAUUUAAAGAUAUUAAUAAAUAUAGAUUUUAAUAAAAAAGGAGUAAAUUGUAAAUUACUCAAAGCUAAAAUCUUAUGAAGUAAUGGCUGAAAAUUCUGAUGUCUUGAAUAAAUACAUUUAAAUUAGGAAUUAAUUCAGAAGUAAAUCACGGGGAAGGAGUAGCAAAAAUAAUUUUAGUGUAUUAAAAAAAGAUAUAUACCAUAACCUAUCUCCUCGCAAUAAAGAAGAUAGAGAAAUCAUUCAAUAAUAAGAAAAGAGUUAAUUUGUCUUAGAUCUUUCUAAAAUUAACAUAAAUAACUCUCAACAAGAUAAGGCAUAGCCUGAAGUAAUUGAAAAUACAUCUUAUGUGUAAUUUUAAAAAGAUUUAAAUCUGCAGUAUGAUAAAGCAGUCUAAGAUCAAAUAUAUUCAGAACGAUAAACUAAAUAAAAGCAGCUUUAUAUCCCUAAUCUUAGAAAGCACUUAGAGGACUUCAAAAAAAGAAAAUAUUAAAGCCCUAGCGUUUCUCAAAGCAUAGUGGCUAAAAAUCCAUCUCAAAAAAUAGAAUUUCCUUAAGAAUGCAUUUAAAAAUUAGCAAAUGACAUGAUACAAAAUUACAAGCAAGGAAAACAAAGUGCUAAAUAUGAAUAAAUUAUGGAUUUUAUAAAAGGAAAGCCUUUUUAUUUAAAACUAGGAGAAAUGAAGUAUAGGAAAAGUGAAAAAAAUUAGUAUAAUAUUUAAGAAUAACCUAUUAAUUUGUAGUACUAGCAUAUUAGAGAAAAGAACUAGCAGAUGGGAGAAAGGCCUCUAAGCAAAGAAAAAAGAAUAGAAUAAGAUUAACAGACUAAAUUAUGGCUUGAAUAAUAAAAAAAUAUUAUUUAAGAUGGAGAAUAGAAUAACUUAAGCUUUAGAGUUAGAUGCUCAAGUAACUAAUAAAAAAGAUAAAGAGUGGCUAGCAUGAUUUCUUCUAAAAAAGUUGCUGAAGAAAAUUUGAAUGGUUACCAUUUCAAUUAACUUUAAAAUAAAACUCCAUCAUCUCAAGAUAUUUCGAAAAUAUGGAAUAACAGUGGCUCAAUUUAAUAAUAACCUCAUAAGGAAAAAGAUAAGAACAUAAAUAGUCGCUAGAACACUCCUAACUCAUUUAUACAACCAAAUUAAUUCACCCUCAAAAAAAAAGUAAGGGAACUAUCGAUAUCCAAGACUGCAUUUGAGUCUGUUUAGGGAGCUGAAAAUGAAAUAUUUAUCGAAUAAUCUUCAACAAGGAUAGAUGAUUUGUAUAAAACUCCGAAUGCUUAUUAGCAUAAAUAAAAUUAUUGCAGUCCCAAUAAUGCAUCUUAGGAAACAUACAGUACAUUCUUAACUCAAGACCUCAUUUAAUCUAAUUUUGAAAACACUUCUUAAAAGAUUGAUAAAAAAACAAAAUCAAAAGAUUUGACUAUUCUUGUGUAAGGUGAUACAACAUAGAUAAAUAACAGUAAUAAUAAUAAAAAUAAAAAUAGCUAUACUCCUUUGAAUUCUAAUUAAAAUAACAAUAGUUUAGAUUAAAAAAAGCACCACUAAUUUCAGUUUGAAAAAUAAGCUCUAGUAAAAUUAAAUCUAAAACUUUAAAGCUAACUUAGGGAGCGUUCUCAGUAAUAAAAUUAAGUUUCUUAAACACAUAGAGUUAGACCUGAAAGCCACAAUGAAUUUAAAGAUGUAUAAUAUAAUAGUUCAUCAAAUACACCAAGAAUGAUGUAUAAAAUAUCUAGAAACUAGCCAAGAAGUGUACUGGGUAACAGAUUGCAUAAAAAAGAAGAUUCUAUUGAAAGCUUGGCUUGUAGUAGUAUUUUAAAUGAUUGCAAUGAUAUUAUCAAAGGUAGUUCUAUAGAAUAAAUUGGGCAGGCAGAUUAUUUUAAUGAAAAGUACUAUGAAAAAAAUUUAAUUUAAAAUGAAAGAAAGCAUAAAAUUAAAAAAGAUUUAAUUUAAUUAUGGAACUAAAACAAAAAUAAGAACAUCAAUGAAAAGGAAAAACUUCAAAGUGAAGAAGAAGAAUAGCAAUAAAUAAUAAAAUAAUAUAAAGACUAAUAACCAUUUAUUAAAAAUUAACUAUAGAAAAGUGGGGCUAUAAUUGACAGAUAUUUUCAAAGUCUAAAUGUAGUUAAGCCUUUUUUCUAAAAAAAGAUAUAAUCAAAAUCAAUUUUAUGA